ACUGACCCACCCACCGAGAGAUACCUAUACAGAAUCAAAACCAUAGAAAAAGUCAAACAUUCUCUGAGCCUAACUCCUCAACCCUACUCCAUCAUUCACUUUCUUUCUCAAUUCAAUUCACAGCAAAAAGAAAGAAAAAAAAAAUCAAAUCUUUGAAGGUCUCCAAUGGCUGAAGUUAGUAAGGAGAAACAAGUUAUUGUUCCUGAAAACAAGGAUGCUAUUGAAAAUGAUUAUUACUCUAGCGAUGAGGAUGAUGAUGAUAGUGAAGAAGAUGAAGACAAUGAGGUUGAUUCUGAUGAAGAACCUAACUCAGAUGAUUCUGAUGAUAGUGAUGAAGAAGAUGAAAGUGAAGAUGAUGAUAAUGAUGAUGAAGAUGGAAGCAGUGAUGAUGAUGAUGAUGAUGACAGUAACGAUGAAAGCAGUGAUGAUGAGAGUAGUGAUGAAGAAGAAGACGAUUCAAAUCAACCACAAGUCAUUAGAAGAAGAAAUUUGAGCCAAAAUCCUCCUACUACUUAAACAAAAUUUCAUUUUCAUUUUAUAUAAAUUACAAUACAACAUUUGAUUCAGAGUGAUUACAUUACAUAAAUAAUUAUUAUCACAGUUAGGUAUUGAUUCAAAAUUUUGUAUUGAAUCCCUUCCCAAUUGUAAAACCUUUUUGGACCAAUUAUUACAGAGUAAUUCAUUGGCCUUUCUUUCUUUUCCUCA